AUGGCAGCUAACGGUUUGGGCGAGACCUUACAGAUCCGGUUCGGUCUGAUAAAUUGUGGGAACAAAUACUUAACUGCGGAGACGUUCGGGUUCAAAGUCAAUGCAUCUGCAACCUCCAUGAAGAAAAAGCAAAUCUGGACUCUGGAGGAGGCGGGAGGGAGCGGAGAUUCGAGUGCUGUAUUCAUAAAGAGUCACCUGGGAAGAUACCUUGCCGCCGACAAGGAUGGUAACGUUACCGCGGACAGUGAGGAUCCCGGACCGGACUGUCGGUUCCUUGUCACAGCUCACGACGACGGUCGCUGGUCUUUGCAGUCCGAGCCACACGGUCGCUAUUUGGGCGGAACCGAGGACCGAAUAGUGUGUUUCGCACAAAGCAUCUCCGUGGCCGAGAAGUGGAGUGUUCACCUUGCCGUCCAUCCGCAGGUCAACGUUUACAGCGUAGCGAGGAAACGCUACGCGCACCUGAGUGCUGAACGAAAUGAGCUCGCAAUUGACCGAGACGUGCCGUGGGGUGUGGACUCAUUGCUCACUCUCGUAUACCUGGACCGCCGGUACCACUUGCAGACCGCUGACAAUCGCUUCCUAUCCAGAACCGGCGCCCUGAUCGCUAGUCCAGACACGAACAGCGGGUUCACUCUGGAGUUCCGUGCGGGGAAGGUUGCUUUUCGCGACUCCAGUGGGAACUACCUGGCUCCCUCUGGUCCGACCGGUACCAUGAAAUCCGGCAAGAGCGGGCGCGUUGGCAAGGAUGAGCUUUUCAUCCUAGAGCAGAGUCGCGGCCAAGUGGUGCUCACCGCGAGUAACGGCAGGAACGUGUCCAUGCGCCAGGGGGUGGAUCUGUCGGCCAAUCAGGAUGAGGAAUCGGAUCAGGAGGUGUUCCAGAUGGAGAUGGACAAGGAGACGAAGCGCUGUGCUUUCAGAUCCUGCAGCGGCAAGUACUGGAGCCUCACUUCGAGUGGAGCCGUCCAGUGCACAGCCUCCAUGAAGUCAGCAAGCUGCUUCUUUGACUUGGAGUGGCAGGGGUCAAAAGUCGCCCUCAAAGCCAGCAAUGGCAAGUACCUGGCAGCCAAGAAGAAUGGCCAACUGGCAGCCAGCGUUGACUCCACAGGAGAGCAGGAGUUGUUUGUGUUAAAGCUGAUCAACAGGCCUUUGAUUGUUCUGCGUGGAGAACACGGGUUCAUCGGCUGCCGAAAACAAGGAACAGGAACCUUAGACUCCAACCGCUCUUCUUAUGACGUCUUCACUCUGGAGUACAGUGGACAAGGCUACAGUCUGAAAGACUCGAUGGGGAACUAUUGGAUGGUUUGUGAGGAUGGCACAGUGGUGAGCAGCAGUGGUACUCCUGUGUAUUUCCACUUUGAGUUUUGUGAUUAUAAUAAGGUGGCUAUUAAGACACCACAGGAGCUCUAUUUAAAGGGAGACCAUGCAGGGGCUCUUAAGGCCAAUGCACAGGGCAUUGCCAAUGCUACUCUAUGGGAGUACUAA